AUGAGGAUCCGGCGCGGUACUGUGUUGCGGCGUCUGUCUGGCCCUGCUCGGCAGGAGGAGGACGACGAGGAUGGCGGCGAGGAGGCACCGGGAGGCCAGGCGGGCCCCGAGGAGCUGGCCGAUGAGGUGGAAAACUUCCAUGAGGCGCAAUUUCAGAAGGUGAUGGCCGCCCUGGAGAGCGGGGAGGAGGCUGGGGACAGCGAGGAGGAGGAGGAGGAGGAAGUGCUGGGGCUGCAGCUGCCCGAGGACAGCGAGGAGGAAGAUGGAGACGCUGAGGAGGAAAAAGAGGAGGAGGAGGAGGAGGAAGAGAUACAGGGGAUGAAUCUUUACGUGGACCACAGCGCAGAAGAAGAUGGAGGUGAGGAGGAGGAUGAAGAGGAGGAGGAAGAUGAAGUUGAAGAUGAGGAUGGGGACCUGUCCAUGGAGAGCGACUUGGAGGAGCGCCGUCAGGACCCCGAGCUCCCCCAUGAGCUCUCCUGGGGCAAACGCAAGCAGCUCUACUACGACACGGACUACGGGAGCAACGCCCAGGCCAAGGGCAAACGCAGCCAGCAAGAAGUCGAUGCUGAGGAGCAGGAGGAGGAGCAGGAGGCUCAAGUCAUCCAGAAGAGGUUGGUGCAGGACUUGGGGGAAGAUGAUUAUGGGCUGGAUGUGAUCCAGGGCUAUCUGUCUGAGCAGCAGAAAACCCAGGAUAGCAAGGGACAAAAGAUUGACAAAGAUUUGCAGGCCCUUUCUAAGAAGGAGCAGCUGAAGCUGCUGAAGCAGGAGUCCCCUGAGCUGCUGCAGCUGAUUGAGGACUUUGAAGUCAAGCUAAUGGAGCUGAAGGAUGAGCUGCACCCACUGCUGCAGAUGGUCAGUAAUGGGACUAUCCCCCAGGGCAAGGGCAGUCGUUAUUUGCAGACCAAGUAUCAACUCUACUUAAAUUACUGUGCCAAUAUCAGUUUCUACUUGGUUUUGAAGGCCAAGAGGGUGCCAGUUCAUAGUCACCCUGUGAUCGAGCGGCUGGUUGCUUACAGGAAUCUCAUCAAUGAGCUGGCAGUUAUUGAUCAGAAGUUGUCCUCACAAGUUAGGAUGCUUUUGAAAAGCUUCUAUGAUAAGAAGGAGAAUAAAUUACAGAGGGAGAAGAAGUUUGCUGUGUUUCUCCCACUGGACGUUAAGAAAACCACCUCAAAGCGUGUUCCUGCACUUGCUAAUGGCCGGGCUGCUGGUGCUGAGCCAUCAGAUGAGUCGGAGCCGGAUGAAGAAGCUGCCCUGAAGUACUAUAAGAUGAUGGAGGAGAAGCUGAAACGCAAGAGGAAGAGAACGGAAGACCAAGCCAUGCUUGAAGAAGGAGACGUGUUGGAAGGAGAAGAGGAUCCAAAUAAGAAGAGAGGCGUCACCUACCAGAUGAUCAAGAACAAAGGGCUGACUCCCAGGAGGAAGAAGAUCGACCGCAACCCGCGGGUGAAGCAUCGGGAGAAGUUCCGGCGAGCCAAGAUCCGCCGCAGGGGCCAGGUGCGGGAGGUGCGCCGGGAGCUGCAGCGCUACGGCGGGGAGCCCUCCGGCAUCCGCGCCGGCGUCAAGAAGAGCAGGAAGCUGCAGUGA